ACUUCAUACUAUCUUCAGAUGAAAACUGUUCUCUCUGCAAAUGUCAUAAUGGAGUCAAUAUUUGUGACAGAAUUCAACUUCUGCUGCUGUUUCUGGGGGUCUCGCUGUCAUUUUUUCUUGGAAGUCUGUCUGCUCUGAGAAUGGAUUGGUCUUGUUCAUCUGACAGGCAGCUGGUGGGAAACACCAGUAGAAAUAAAGAUUAUCUCUCCUCUUGUGAAAAGUUGAUCAAGUCUCACCCCUUUCAUCUCUCUAUGAACGGCUGGACAGCACAUGACAGAAACUGUUAUUUCUUCUCGUCUGAAAAGCAGACAUGGUUUGAGAGCCGUCGGUCAUGUGAAGAUUUAGACGCUCAUCUGAUCACAAUAAAUGAGGAAAAAGAACAUGUGUUUAUUGCGUCUCACAUUAAAGAGUCUUUCUGGAUCGGUCUUAAUGAUCUGGACACUGAGGGCCGGUGGGUUUGGGUUAAUAACCAAACUCUGAAUGAAACAGGAGUACAGUUCUGGCACAAGAGGAAUUCUUCAAGUGAACCAGAUAACUGGAAAGGUCAGGAUCCCUCAGGAGAGAACUGUGUUUGUCUGGGAGAUGUUCUUAAACCACCAAACAUUUGGUUUGAUGUGUCCUGCAGACAUGUGUUAAAGUUUAUCUGUGAAAAGAAAAAUACAUCCUUAUUCAAAGAUGACGAGUGAAAGUGAACCAUAUUUGUAUAAAGCACCUCACAAAGGUUCCUUCAGUAAUGCUCUUUAAUUGUAUGCUUUUCAGAAGAUUAUAAAAACUGAAUGCUUACGAUAACAAUGUUGAUCGGCCACUUGCUUAAUUAAACCUUGAAACAUAUUUUAUUCUAUUGU